CUAUUUUUCUCCACUUCCCAAUUGACGAUGAAAAAACAGCAUAAUGAUUUCAGUAGUAGCUCUUAUAGACGACAUUUAGCUGUGCGACGACCUUGUCAGGCUUUAUAGUCUUCAAGAAAAGCAUUCAAGAACUACACUGAGCAAAAUGUAGUCGUACCCUUUGCUGCCUUUGUCUUCUUUUCAAGGCUUUUUAGAACUUCCCUUCUGUCGUUCACUGUGCGUCGUUCUUGCACACGGCUGUUAUUUUUUUUAGAUUCUUUCUUACUGUAUCUUCUUUGUUCACUGACCAUUGUUUACGAAUCGCACCACAGUAGGAGGAUAAGGCGUUGUUUCUGUCUUAAAAUUAGCACAUUAAAAUAGAGAAAAAAGUUCUUAUUUCUUCAUACAUAUAAAUGUAGGAACAAAUGUUAACAAAGUACGAAAACGCAAAUAAUGGUAUAUCUGGAGUAGAUACUUUUCGCUGGUUACUUUAGUGAGAUCUCUCUCGGAAGACGGACAGUCUAUGUGCAGUUCCUUAUGUUAGAAAGGUAUUAACUUGCACUUGAAAACAAGCCUCGACAUACAAGCCGGAACCAACAAAGUAAUGUAGAAAAAUACUCCAAUUAUAAUGUUGAGUGAUCGACUCCUCGCGGACGGGAUGGAGGAAAAAAUUACAAUCAGAGAAAAAAAUAAUGCUUACAAAUUCAGCACAUUUACAAUGCUGUGCGUUCUUUAAACAUUAUGUAACAUGUGUGGAACUAAGUUAAUGUCGAUCAGAUAACAUCAUAUUGUCUAACUAGGUCUUCUGUAUUUACAAGAUCCUUGAUUUAUGUAGUAAUUUUUCCAAGGAUAGAGGAUACUGACUCAUAUAUACACCACAUGCGUAACCAGGAUCUACGCCGGCACUUUACAGACAAUUACCGCGUAAUAUAAACAGGGUCAGAACAAAUAAACAACAGCCGAUGUCUAUCUGUCUUAUUCGCAGUGACUGUCUACCAAAUUAAUUCAGAAGAAUUCCGUUCAUUGUGAAGUGAUCGGCGUUCGGGAUUUCGUGCCUUCCCCUCGUACAUAUACAGGAGAAUAUCUAGUGCACCCGUUGCUUGUAAUUCUAUCAUGCAGUCGCAGGUUCUUGUUAUCUAAUAAAGUUCUUGUUAUCCGUUUAAUAGUUCCACCUCCAUCAGCCAAUCGGCGACGAAACAAAUUGCUAUAUGACGUUAUACUUGUAUAUUUCCUAUUAGCUUUGCAUUCCAACGAACACAUGCUUAGAGAAAUAAGGUUUUGAAGGAUUAUAUAAAUGACCACGUAAAUAUUAAGGCUCUUGAAUUUUUUCAAAGGUAUUUCCAAUAGUUACCAGUAUUUUUAUGUAUUUCAAUAAUUUGUAAUCCUUCAUGUUAAGGUUCGUUCUCAGCUAACCAUAGUCAGUUCAUUACUCCACCAAGUUUAAAUUAUUUUUACCAUUACUGCUUAUAGCUCAUUAUUAAUGAUUAGUUAACAUCAUGAAGAAUAGUGAAAAUAGGUGCAUGCAGUAGGGGCUUGUCUUGCUUAUGUCUAAAUAGGUAUGGAUUUUCAACAAACAUAUGUGUAAUAUAGAAAAGUUUAAUGCGCAAAAGUUAAGUUAACAUAAAAGUAAAUAAUAUACGCGAACGCAUCUGUAAUUCUGGACAGAAAUGUAUAUGUCACUGUCAACGCUUGGCGUAGCGUAGUUGAGUUCGAGGUUUGUUGUGAAAUUAUUUAGAGCAGUUUACAAACAAACAGCCUUUUAUUUACUAGUAAAUAUUGGUUAAAAUGUGAAACACUGUUAUGAGUUACUAUAUUCCGCAUAAAAACACAAUGUUUCUGUGUGGUUUCGCCUUAACAAUGGACAAAAUUGCGUAUACCGUCUGUGUAAAUAACUCUGAUGAUACAUCGAUUGUUUCGCUUGUAAACUUAACAGCUAGGUAUUUCGCUUUAAAUUUGUGCACAGGCGUGUCGAGUUAAACCGACUGUUUUCAGUGAGUAGUUGAUUAUAUAAAGUUGUGUAUUAUUCAACGGUAAUCUAAUCUUGGCGACAUUAUACCGGCGGAGUCGAGUAUGAUUGUAUAGUGAGUGUUAUCACGAAAACAGUUGGCGGUUGGCGGUACGUGGCAGUGACGUCUAUUAAACCAUUCGAAAUCACGUAAUGUUUAAAAUAAUUCUAGAAAAUGAGUGAAUCUGAAAAAAGGAAGACUAGUCUUCAUCCAGAAGGGAGUGCACAGGCCCCUACUAAUGGUACAGGGGGACCACAACACUACUAUGGUACUGGGUACCCGGCCCACUUCCACCACAUACCACAACACCACAUGCAGCAUUCCCCGCCCCCACCUGCAGUCUACCAGAAGGAUGAGAGGACCCAACGACAGUACUCCAAGCUUAAACAGAAGCUGGAGCGGAAACAAACUAACAGGAAUAAUGGUGUUGCACAUUUGAAUGCAGAAGCAAAUUCAGGUGCCAGUACCCCAUCAUUAUCGCCGCGAAAGGAAGUAAAUGGGCGCGCUGGCAGCAGCAGUGGCGUCAGUGGUACUAGCAGUGGCGGCAGCGGUGGUGCCAGCAGUGGCAGCAGCGCGCCGAGCAGUGGGUCGAGCAGUGGGCCCAGUCCGGCCGGGGGAGCCACCAGCGCGGGCACCACUUCCUCAGGAGCAUGGUCCGAGGAAGGCGAAGCCUCGUCUGCCGAAGCUUCUGUGCAAGGCGACGGCUCAUCUGCCGCAGCCUCUGUGCAGGGCGACAGCGAACAGGCAGAUGAAGCACGUCUACAGGCUUUAAUUGAUGACUUCUCCCUUAAACGUACACCACAGGUUUCCGAAGUGACUCCAACCAGUGCCCUAGUCGUUUGGAAUGCGCCAUUACCGGACGAUGUAGUCGUUCCUGAAGGCGAAAUAGUAUACGACCUGUUGCUUGCCGAUCGUGGUGGUCGAUUCAAAGCUAUCUACAGUGGCCACAGCCUCAGUUGCCGUGUGCGUGAUCUAAGGCCGGGCACCGAAUACCAAGUAUGCCUGCAACUCCACCUUGGAUCUUUACUGUCGAUGCCGAGCUCGUCGUCCACGUUCCGCGCGCCGCCGGCCCCGCCCGACGCCAUGGCGGCGCCGCGCGUGACCCAGCGCGCGCGCACGUCGCUGCUGCUGCGCUGGCCCGCCGCCUGCGACAACGGCGCGCGCCUGCUGCACUACGUGCUGGAGAUGGACGACGGCGAGGGCUUCGCCGAGAUCACUCGACCGCGCACUCGCCAACACACCGUGAACAAUCUUCGCCCGCAAACUCGCUACCGGUUUCGCAUCGCCGCUGUCAAUGAAUUAGGACGUGGUGACUGGAGCGAGGAGACCGUCGCUUGGACGACAGGUUCGCCUCCGCCGGCGCCGGCCCCGCCUACACUGUCCACCGCUACAAACGAAUCGCUAUUGCUGGGCUGGGAGCGUCGCUCCGACGAGGAGUUCACCUUGCAAAUGGAUGACGCCGCCCGCGGGCAUGGAUUCCUGCCCGUGUACUCAGGCACCGACCGUUCUUAUAUGUGUACCGGCUUGCACCGCGCUACUGACUACCGUUUCCGUCUGCGUUGUGAGACGGUCGACGGCCAAGGGCCAUGGUCAGUGGAAGUUACAUACCGAACGCUGCCUGAGCGACCCGGUCCCCCAGGCCGGCCGACCUCACGCGGUCGUAUACAUUCACGGGCGUUCCGGCUUCGAUGGGACCCGCCUACUGAUGAUGGUGGUGCAAACGUCGACUGCUACACCUUGGAACUCGACGCUGGCGAAGGAUUCCAACCAGCUUACCGUGGCUCUGAAAGAGAGGCGCACUGCGACCGACUUCUGCCCGGCACACCUUAUAAGGCACGCGUCUGCUGUUCCAACGAAGCCGGCAUCAGCGAGUGGUCCGCCGCCGAGACCGUGACCACGGAGGCGGCGGCCCCCGGCGCCUGCGACCCGCCCGCGCCUGCCGCCGAGCCGCGCGCCACGCUGCAGGCGCUGCGCUGGCGCGCGCCCGACUGCUGCGGCGGCGCGCCCCUCACCGAGUACCGCGUCGACGUCGUGGACGCCGACGGGGCUACACGGGUAGCCUAUCAGGGUCUUGACUGCGAAUGCAUCGUGCGCGAAUUGACACCAGGCUGCGAAUAUCGUGCUACUGUAACAGCUCACAACAAGGUCGGUGCCGGCCCUACCUCGCAAGCUCUAACAUUUACGACGGCCGCAGCGCCUCCAGAUGCUCCAGAUACGCCGUCCGCUGAAGUACAGGGACCUCGUUCCGCUCGCCUCGAGUGGUCGCCGCCGCGGGAAAACGGCGCGCCCGUGCUCGACUACCGUCUAGAAAUGAGUGCCACAAACGUCGAUGACGCGUUUUCAGAAGUAUACCGAGGAGUCGAGACGAGUUACGUGAUCGAUCGCCUCGUUCCGUUCUCCCCGUACUUCUUCAGGGUGUGCGCCACUAACAGCGCGGGACGCAGCGCGUGGUCGGGUGUUCGCGACGUGUUGACGCCGCGCGCGCCGCCAGCCGCUCCUGCCGGCCUGCGCAGCGAGGCCACGGCCGACAGCCUGCGUCUGACCUGGCGCGUGCCCGCCAGCCACGGCGCGGACGUGCUGCGCUACCGCGUGGAGGUGGGCGACGCCGCCUUCGACACCGACGGACCCACGCCCGAGAGGCUCGUGGAGGGGCUCGCGCCCGACACCGUGUACCGCGUGCGAGUGGCGGCGCUCAACGAGCUGGGACUGGGCGAGUGGUCGGAGGAGGCUCGGGCUGCCACGCGACCUCCGCCGCCCUCGCCACCCACUCUUCGGUGCGUGCAAGCAGCGCACAACUACCUACGACUAGAGUGGCCCGCUGCGGGCGGAGAAGGGGCGCAGUACUGUGUGGAGAUGCGCUCAUUGGAUGCCCGCGACUUCAGACCAGUGUACCGCGGCUCCGCUCGCUCCUGUAAGGUGAAGAAGCUGCGAGAGGCGACUUCAUUUGCAUUCCGGAUACGAGCAAGUGACGAGCGCGGUGGUCGUGGGCCCUGGUCCGAGCCAUUAGACGUGGCUACAAUCGCCGCUCCGCCGCCUGCCCCGCGGGCGCCCUCCCUACAGCAGCCAGGCCCGCGCGUCGCACUGGCCGCCUGGGAUGCGGUCGAUGACGCCGAGUACGUGCUGCAAUGUGCGCGCGCUAAGGACGCCGUCUACAAGCAGGUGUACGCGGGCAGCGAGACGCAGUUCACGCUGGAGGAGCUGGAGGCGGGCGCGGAGUACCUGGUGCGGGUGUGCGCGGUGCGGGGCGGGCUGGCGGGCGCGUGGUCGGCGGCGGCGCGGCUGUGCGUGGCGGGCGCGGCGGCGGCCCCGCGCGUGCGGCGGGCGCGGGCGGCGCGCGCGCUGCAGCCGCGCCACGUGGCGCUGCUGAUGGCGGCCGCCUUCCUGCUGCUGGCCGUGCUGGUGGCCGUGCUGCUGCAGCGCCUGGUGGAGCCGCGCCCGUGACGCGCGCUGGCGGCGGCGCGGCCGC